CUUCCUCUUCUCCAGCCCGCCAUACACGGCGGCGAUGAACCAGCUCGUGACGGGAGACUGUAGAGGCCGAAAAUCAGGGAAGAGGCCGGUAAGGAAAUAGCCGGAGAGAGAGACGGCGAUGACGGCGCCGCUACAUUCACAUUCAGCUCCGGCCCAGCUGCAAGGGAUGAGAUCACGUCCAGACCAUGAAGAAAAUGCGCCGCUGAACCAACACACGUACAGACAUUUUAGAGCUCUUGUUAAUUGGUGUAAGAAAAUGUUGAUUCAAUCCAGAAACGCUGAAAGGAUCACAAAAAACAGAGAGGAAGACUGGAAGAGGAAGCAUACGUACAGGAGGGAGAUUGGAGAAGAAAUUUGGGGCAGAACUGCGGAAGAAGGGGGAAGAACGUUUGGUGGUGGGAAGAAUAGAGGGAGAAGAAGGGUGCGGGGGCCAGAGGAAAAAGGGGGAAAGUAAAAAGAGAAAAGUCAAAAAAUGACACUUGGCUGCCACAUCAGCUGUGUCACCGGUUGACUGAGAAUAACCUGGCUAAAUUAGAAAAUUGAAUGUUUUUAUAUAGUUCAUGGACUAAAUUGGGUGUUUCUUUUGUUGGAGCCCUUGGAGGACUUAAUUGACUUUUUUGGUAUACUUCG